CAAAAAAUUAACAUUCCAUUACUUUCUGAAAUUUCGCUUCACUCCUUUCUCAUCUUCUUCGCUCUCCGCCCCGCCCCCUUUGGUUGGGGUCUGAUUUGAUGUGAUUCCACGCGUGUUUAUUUGCUGUGAUUAUCUAGGGAUUCGGCUUGUCCGAUUCGGUUCGAAUUCAGAUUUAAGGUGGCUGUUUGAGGAUCUUGGUUGUCAAUCGAAGUUGUUCGGUGCUUUCCGAGCUUUUUGUUCCGAGUGGCGCUGGAGAGACGGACACGGAGACGGAGAAGAACAGUGCACCGUUUGGGUUUUCUGCUAGCCAUGAGUCUGUCAGAUUUGUUUCUUCGGAAACUGAGAGAGAGAAGUCAUUUCCGUUACUGAUACUUGGUUGGGGAAGCCUCAUCUUCAGUCAUGCCUUCUCUUCAGCUACUGCAGUUAACUGAACAUGGUCGUAGCCUUUUGGACUCGAGGAGGAAAACCUUACUGAUUGCUACUGGGGUCAUAGUUGGUGGUGGGACUGCUGCAUAUUUCCAGUCCCGAUAUUUGCGUAAAACACCUGAUUCUUUUGGCCAUUACAAUGGACUCAGUGAUGAUAAAGAACAACUAGAGAAGGUAGAUGGUGAUGAAAAUAUUGUAAAGAAAAGUAGGCAAAAAAAGAAAGGUGGACUGAAGUCACUUCAGGUUUUAGCUGCAAUUCUUCUGUCUCGUAUGGAACGAACUGGUGCAAGGGACCUUCUUGGUUUAGUGGCCACAGUGAUCUUGAGAACUGCUUUAAGUAAUAGAUUAGCAAAAGUGCAAGGGUUUCUAUUCCGUGCUGCUUUUCUUCGACGUGUACCGACCUUUUCCCGUCUGAUUUUGGAGAAUCUGUUACUAUGUUUCCUUCAAUCAACCUUGCAUUCUACAUCAAAGUACAUAACUGGAACUUUGAGUCUGCGAUUCAGAAAGAUAUUAACCAAACUUAUCCAUGCACAGUAUUUUCAGAACAUGGUAUACUAUAAAAUAUCACAUGUUGACGGGCGGAUAACUAAUCCUGAACAACGGAUUGCAAGUGAUGUAACAAGGUUCUGUUCAGAGUUGAGUGACCUUGUAUUGGAGGAUCUCAUAGCAGUUACUGAUGGUCUGCUCUAUACUUGGCGUCUGUGUUCAUAUGCAAGCCCAAAAUAUGUUUUCUGGGUGUUGGCUUAUGUAUUAGUAGCAGGGACUGUGAUCAGAAACUUCUCUCCUGCAUUUGGUAAGCUAACAUCUAAGGAACAACAAUUGGAAGGUGAGUAUCGGCAGGUUCACUCACGAUUAAGGACUCAUGCAGAGAGCAUAGCAUUUUAUGGUGGUGAAACUAGAGAAGAAUCUCAUAUUCAGGAGAAGUUUAGGACCCUUGUUCAGCAUAUGAAUGUUGUUCUUCAUGACCAUUGGUGGUUUGGCAUGAUCCAAGAUUUCUUUUUAAAGUAUCUUGGUGCUACGGUUGCUGUUGUCUUGAUUAUUGAGCCCUUCUUUUCUGGUAAUCUAAGACCUGAUGCUUCAACGAUAGGACGGGCAGAAAUGUUGAGCAAUCUGAGAUACCAUACUAGUGUCAUAAUAUCUCUAUUCCAGUCCCUGGGCACUCUUUCUGCUAGUUCAAGGCGGCUUAAUAAACUUAGUGGCUAUGCUGAUCGUAUUCAUGAGCUGAUGACUGUAUCAAGGGAGCUUAGUGUUCAAGAAACAUCUUCUCUGCGUAGAAAUGGGAGUAGGAAUUAUGUUAGUGAAGCAAAUUACAUUGAAUUUGAUAAUGUCAAGGUUGUUACUCCAACUGGUAAUGUUUUGGUGGAGGAUUUGACUCUAAGGGUUGAAUCAGGAUCUAAUCUAUUAAUUACAGGUCCGAAUGGGAGUGGCAAGAGCUCACUUUUUCGAGUUUUAGGAGGGCUUUGGCCUCUGGUGUCUGGCCACAUUGUGAAACCUGGAAUUGGCUCUGAUCUCAACAAGGAGAUUUUUUAUGUGCCUCAACGACCAUAUACAGCAGUGGGGACUCUUCGGGACCAGUUGAUCUAUCCACUUACAGCAGAUCAAGAGGUUGAGCCACUAAAAGUCAAUGAAAUGGCUGUCCUGUUAAGAAAUGUUGACCUUGAGUACCUAUUAGAACGUUACCCACCUGAAAAGGAGAUAAAUUGGGGCGAUGAGCUCUCUCUGGGUGAACAACAAAGAUUGGGAAUGGCCAGGCUAUUCUACCAUAAGCCCAAAUUUGCUAUUCUUGAUGAAUGCACCAGUGCUGUGACAACUGAUAUGGAAGAACGCUUCUGUACUAAAGUACGAGCAAUGGGAACAUCUUGUAUCACUAUAUCCCAUCGCCCUGCACUGGUGGCAUUUCAUGAUGUGGUCUUAUCCUUGGAUGGUGAAGGAGGCUGGAGUGUUUAUUACAAGAGGGAGAAUUCUCCUGUUUUAAGUGAAGCUGCAGUCAAUACAAUGAAGCUUUCUGAGACAGACCGCCAAAGCGAUGCAAUUGCAGUUCAGCGUGCAUUUUCCAAUACAACAAAGGAUUCUUCAUUCUCAAAUGCAAAAUCACAACCAUAUAUUUCAGAGUUAAUAACUACGUCCCCCCAUGUGGAUCAUGAUGUUCCAUUGCCCAUUGUUCGACAACUCCAAGGUGCUCCAAGAUUACUACCAUUAAGAAUAGCCUCCAUGUUUAAAAUAUUGGUACCCACAGUUCUUGAUAAGCAGGGAGCACAACUUCUUGCAGUUGCUGUUCUUGUGAUCUCAAGAACUUGGAUAUCAGAUCGAAUUGCCUCUUUGAAUGGGACCACUGUGAAGUAUGUUUUGGAGCAAGAUAAGGCAGCCUUCAUUCGCUUGAUUGGUGUUAGUGUUCUUCAGAGUGCUGCAUCUUCUUUUGUUGCACCUUCUCUGAGGCACUUGACAGCCAGGCUUGCCCUUGGAUGGAGGAUUCGUUUGACACAACAUUUACUGAAAUACUACUUGAGAAAUAAUGCAUAUUACAAGGUUUUUUACAUGUCAAGAACAAAUAUUGAUGCUGAUCAAAGAAUAACUCAAGAUCUUGAGAAGUUGGCCCAUGACUUGUCGGGACUAGUUACUGGAAUGGUGAAGCCAUCUGUUGACAUUUUAUGGUUCACAUGGAGAAUGAAGCUGUUGACCGGACGGAGGGGAGUUGCCAUUUUAUAUGCUUAUAUGUUACUGGGCCUGGGCUUUUUAAGGAGUGUUGCUCCUGAUUUUGGUGACCUGGCAAAUCAACAACAACAACUUGAAGGAACCUUUAGGUUCAUGCAUGAGAGAUUGCGCACCCAUGCAGAAUCUGUUGCUUUCUUUGGUGGUGGUGCUCGAGAAAAAGCGAUGGUUGAAUCAAGAUUUAGUGACCUUCUUAAUCACUCUCAGUUACUUCUUAAGAAGAAAUGGCUAUUUGGUGUACUCGAUGACUUUAUCACAAAGCAACUUCCACAUAAUGUUACUUGGGGUUUGAGCUUGUUAUAUGCUAUGGAACACAAGGGAGAUAGGGCCUUGACUUCUACUCAAGGUGAGCUGGCUCAUGCACUGAGGUUCUUAGCAUCUGUUGUAACUCAAAGCUUUAUGGCUUUUGGUGAUAUUCUUGAACUGCAUAGAAAGUUCCUUGAGCUAUCCGGAGGUGUCAAUCGAAUUUUUGAACUGGAGGAGUUUUUGUCUGCUGUUCAAAGAGAUGAUCCUCUUCCUGCAGAAUCACCAACUAAGUUGACAGAAUCUCAUUCUAAUGAUGUCAUUUCCUUCUCCAAGGUGGACAUCAUUAGCCCUGUACAGAAAAUGUUGGCAACAAAGUUGACUUGUGAUGUAACACCAGGGAAAAGCCUGCUUGUUACUGGUCCAAAUGGGAGCGGAAAAAGUUCCAUCUUCAGAGUCCUUAGAGGUCUUUGGCCUGUUGUCAAUGGAAGACUUGUAAAACCAUGUCAAAAGCUUGAUGAAGAGACUGGAUUCGGUUGUGGUGUCUUUUAUAUUCCUCAGCGACCUUAUACAUGCUUAGGAACGCUUAGGGAUCAAGUCAUAUAUCCACUUUCCUGUAAGGAAGCAGAGCAAAGGACAUUAGCUUUGCAUGGAAAAAGUGGAACAUCAAUUUAUCCAAUAAAUAUCCUCGAUGCGCAUUUGAAAACAAUUCUAGAGAAUGUUAAAUUGCUCUAUCUUCUGGAAAGAGAAGGUGGUUGGGAUGUCAGUCAGAACUGGGAAGAUGUACUCUCUCUUGGAGAGCAGCAGAGGUUAGGCAUGGCACGUUUAUUCUUUCAGAAGCCUAAAUUUGCCAUCCUUGAUGAGUGCACCAAUGCCACAAGUGUUGAUGUUGAAGAACACCUUUAUAUGCUUGCAAAUAAUGUGGGAAUCACAGUAAUUACAUCAUCACAGCGUCCUGCCUUAAUACCAUUCCAUUCAACCGAAUUACGAAUGAUCGAUGGUGAGGGCAAGUGGGAGCUCCGGUCAAUAAAGCAAUGAGUUGGAUGCAAAACCAGUUCCAAUUCCUGCCAAUCAUAAUUCAGGGUGAUGUCCUGCAUGCUGUUCCAGUGCAAGUCAAUUAUGAUUUACUGCCCAAAAUAGCUUUACUUCGAUCACAGGAGUUGCUAGUAAUUUGCAACAACAGACAUGGAGCCAUGCGGAGGUGGUAGAAAGCCUGUGUCACCCAGCGUUAUAGGGCAAAAACAGAGAAUACGAGCGUCUCAUUAUUGGUUAUAUAAUAUUAGGGAAGGCUAUGUACAGGCAAUUAUUUGAUAUUAAUAUGGAUUGGUCUUUUACGUUGUAAAACCCUGACCAUUUGGGUGUUAUCCCUGUGAAUAAAAUGGGGGGGGCCCUAUUUUUUCUCAAAUAGAUGUUUAAUGCUUUCCUAAGCCUUUGGCUUUGUUUUUUCCUUUUUAUUUCUGCCUUGGAUAUGUUGACAUAUGGAGAUGAUUUUGGGAGGUAUAAAAUUUAUGCAACCUAUUCUACUGGGUGAAAUUAAAGGCCCGA